AUGGCGUCCAGACGCAAAAGUGCAAAGCCUACAAAUAAAGCCCAUCAUCAAGUUGAAAUCGAUGAUGAUGACGACGAUGAAACAGAAAGCAUGAAAGAGGCCAGGAUGUCACUGGAAAUAAUAUCCUACAUUCAACAUCUCAAGCAAAGAAAAGCCUGCUGCACAGAACCAGCUGUGGAGAAGUCGACGCAUUCACCAGACCAUCUUAUACAACUGCAGGACACAGAACCCCACAUUGCUCUGCCUUCAGACAUCUAUCAAGACUUCGAAGCUCUGAAGUCUGCCACGAAACUGGACACCACUGAGCUCAUGAGGAAACUGCUCAACGGAUAUCAGCUGACCUCAGCUACUGGCCAACCAUCACGUGACAGGAAGCUGGAUGAUGCCAUCGACGACCUCUUUCAGGCAAGGUCAGCAAGCGUACUUGACCUAUCAAGACGAAACGGAUCAAGCCCCAUGAGCUACAGCCUCCAGCAAGAAGGUAAAUCUAGUCCUCUUCAAGGCUACAGUUUCACAGACGAUCAGCUGGCAAUGGGGAUCCUAGACUCGAUGCAAGAGGGCGACGACAGCAGCAACGAUCUUAAACCGCUGGAUUUGACUUUACAUAGAAAAGACUCUCCGUCCUCGUUAGAUUCUGCCACGAUGCGGGGAAUACACGUAAACACCAAUCUGGGAGUUGCUGCCUUCUCGCCUGUGCUAAACUGUCCAGCCAUUUCUAAUAAAGAACCCCACUGCUCGCAGACUUUCAAACACGCAGGUUCUUACGUCAUAAAUCUAGAGCCGCGCAACAGUAGCCCUUUGUUGGCAAACUCGUCUCUAGCGCAGGUACUUCAGAUGGAUAUCCCUCUUCAUGGAUUCAGUAAGAUUCAGAAACAAUCUGCCGUGUCUCCCGAGAGUGUACACGGCAAAGACGGCAGUUACACAGCCUCACAGAAGACGAGCUCUGAUCCCUGCGUUUCAAAUGCUGUGCAUUUCAGAUCAAAAUUAUUUCAUGGAGGAAAACCGUUUUCACCGAUGGCUAAGACGUUUGGCGAAGGAAUGGGGCAAAGUAGUUCUGGUUUUAGUAGCCCGCCGUCGUAUGCCGAAGCAGUCACUUCUGUUUUGAACUCGCAGCAAAACAAAAGAGUAAGUAGUAUUAGCGAAUCUUUAUCGUUUGUUCGGAAUUUAGAUACAAAUGAACAAGACAUCAAGUCGAGAUCUUUGUCUUGUAUUCAAAUUAAUGCUGAAGAUCCAGUUGGCAAGUUCAUCCCAUUCACCAUCAGCCCCAAGCUGACAUCCUCUCAAGAAAAUCAAAGACAGCAGAACCUUCUACAACAACUUCUACAAAACCAAAUUAAAGCUGAAAAUAAGCCCCCAGCACAUUUAUUUCAACAGUCACAGCAACAACAGCAACAUCUUCAGAACACGUCAAAAACUUCAGAAACCGAGCAGUCGAGCUCGGCAAACAACUACAGUAACUCACCGGUAUCCCAUGUCCCAAUGCUGCAGUUCCCAGAACUACUCAAAGACUUUAAUGACAUGAAACAUAGUUCAAAGAUGUUAGGAAACAAUGAAUCGCCUUACCCUAACUUUUUGCUGGAAUCGAACUCUGUAGGUAUCCCAUCAAUCUCUAACGCAUUGGCCACCUCAAGCAGUUUGCCAAACACAUCUGUCCCGUUAUCUACGUUCUUCAUGACCACUUCUGCUAAUGGUGGCGUGGGACAUAUGGUAGCGAUACCUCUUAUUCAUGCAGUUUCUGAUGGCGUUACAGGAUUCCAACCCUUUGCAUUCGCACCACAUCAAAUACCAGCACCGAACACAUCAUCAACACCAACAACUCAAAGUUCUGCUGAUGUAAGUAUAGCUUCAAUACCAGUAGGUGCCUCAAAAACUGCAAAACUAUCUAACGAAAUGGUAAACCAAGAGCCAACAAGUUCUAUUCUUUUCACAUCCGAAUUACAUCCAUCCCCUCUUUCAGAAGUCAGCAAACCGAAGCCAGGUCGACCUAGAGGUAGAGGCGGUAGAGGAAGCUCUCAGAAAAGCCAAAAUAAAGAUAUGAAACUGCUCACAGAAAACACGCUAUUUCCUGGUGUAUAUACAAGCAUUUUAAAGCUACCAUGGAGUCGGAGAUCCAGAAAUAAGACAAAGGUGAAGGCAAUUUCUGAGUUGAAGAAACAAGCACAAAUUAUUGUUCACGGAAAAAUAACUGAACAUGAUGAUUGUGUUACUGGCGACAAGCUUAAGAAAGAAGAAGAGAUCGAAGACAAGGACAUUAAUAGAUUAGCCAUGUCAAAAAACAUUCUUUCGCAGAAGAUAAUGGAAAACUCAAGAGAAAGCGAAGAACAGCUGCAGAACGAUUUGGAGGAUAGCCAAAGGCGCCAGAUGCAGCAGCAGAAACUAAAGGAUCUUGAACAGCAACAGAGACUGCACUUACAAUACCAUCUCCGACUGCAAGAAGAACAACGAAAAUUAACGAAACAAAUUGAACAGUCGUAUAUAAACACAAGUGCCGAGCCCGCUCUAGCCCUGCCGUUUGCAGCAACCAACCAGCAAAUUCUUCAAGGGAAAAUCUUGGACAGUACACAGAAGGAGUUUUCUAAACUACCCGUUUCUAUGGGUAGCAGUGUUCUGUCAGACUCCAUAGGGUUCAGCCAGCCAGUGUUUUCAAAAGAUGCCCUCACUGUAGUUUAUUCCUAUGCAGAUACUAACACCCUCAGGAAGACUCCAAGGAAGCGUGGACGCCCGCCAAAGAUUCCAAAUCUGCCAUCAAAGGCAUGUGAAUCACAAUUGCCUCUUAUUACAGAGUCUAUAGCUGGUUCUGCAGAUCAGUACGACGAGUCAGUCAAUUUUCUUCAAACAAAUACCGUAAACUCAGGCUGCGCUAUCUCUACAAAAGGCAACUUGUCCAUAUUUCCCAAUUCGGUAUCAGCGCCCGUCACAUUCGAGGAUGUCAGUCCAACGGUUUUACAAUCCGAGGACACUGGAAAUGACAGGGAUAAUGAAAUGACGUUGGAAAAGAAAAUAACAUUUUUAACAAAUCAAAUUGGGCUGGAGCUAUCUAAAAAUGGCGUAUCAGAGUCUUCAAAUGCAAACGCAAUGAACAAAUCUCAAACAACGAAAUGCGCCGAAGAUACAACAAGUCAGCUUGAAGACAUGAUGUAUCAAGAAAUGAAAAUUGCAGUUAACAAAUCUUUAAUUGACAUUAAACCCCGAAGAAAGAAAGUCUCAAGACUCCUCAAGUCUGAUGAAAACUUUAUGUACGCCACGUUUAAAAUAAAACCAAAAGGUCUUACCCCAAGGAAAAGCAGAAGGCGGAGAAAGGACGUUUUAGCCAACACGGCAGCAGUUGCAGAAACCAUAGCAAACUUACGGAAAAAGUCUUUGCAUGAGGGUUCGACCCCAAGCUCCACCUCUGACAGUUCCAAACCUCUGUCUAUGGUGGCAUGGAAGUUUCAUGAGCAAUAUGCAUUUAUACCUGAAGAAGGAGAAGAAGAAGAAGACGCAAACAAGGAUAAAACAGUGACAUGCUUAAAAUGUGGCAGCUAUUUUUUAAACGAACACAAUGAUCUAAGACCUCAUCUUUGCAAGUCGUGUCUUCUAGAAAGUUCUGAUGUGGGUGAUUACAAAGAUGGUACACUGAGCAAUAUAGGACAGAUGCGCGUUGGAGGUGCAGACGUGAAAGCAGAAGUUUGUGUUAGCUGUGGUUGCAUUCUGCAGAAACAUUUCUCAGACACUAGUGUGACAUGUGGGCUCUGCAGAAAUAACACCCCAGGUAGCAUAAAGACAUCAAAGCUGUUCUCUUUUCAAGACAGCCCGGAGGACACUCCGCCAGCAGGGCGGCUUCUGGGAAACAAGACUCCACCGAGUGGAACGUUUGUGGUUUCUCCAGCUGAGUCACAAAAUAAUGACAAAGGUGCAGACAGAUGUUUAGCUAAGAUGAACAACAAUCACCUUUACUGCAGUCAGUGCAGAAUGGUGUUCACUAAAAUAUGUGAUUACCUGGCUCACAGUAGAGACACCCAUGAGACGAAACAUUCAGAGAAAAGAGGCAGUAUAUCCGGUGAUUCUCCAACACCGAACGACUCUAACCGCAAACCCAGAGUUUCAAAAACCAAAAAGUCACUGGCACACAAGACACUGACAUGCCCAGUGGAGGAAUGCCCCCACUUCUUCAGGGAGCAGAAAGAUCUAGAUCUACAUUUCAUGAAGAAACAUUCAAAUCUGAACAGUUUUCCCAAAGGAGAAUGUGGAUUCCCAUAUCAAACUGCCGAAGACCUCGACAACAACCAGCAACUCCCCCAGAAUUCAUCGACCACAGCCAUCACCACCACUACAUCGACAUCAGCUCAGCUUGGCAGAGGCAACACCAAGGGUAAUGAUGGUUUAAACAACGAGGACAAAGCUGCAGCAUCCGCCAUCUCUUGUGAAAAACCGUUGCAGUGUGAAUUCUGUGAUUAUCGCUGCCGCCAGAAGAACGCGCUGACGUGGCACAUGAGGAAACACCCAGAGGCUGCUUCCCAGUACAGGAGAUAUAACAAUCUGAAUGCAGAUUGA